AUGUCGAGGAGUUAGAGCAUCCCAAUCUCUCCACACCUCAACUUUGAAAGAAAGUUCAAUAACCAUAACAAAAGGACGUGGACUACACAGAUCCACUUGCUUUCCACAUUUCACCUUGAAUGUAACCAAAGCUCGGAGCGCAGGCUAUAUUUCUCUUUUUUUCUUUGCUUAAGUGCAAGGAUUUUGUUUUUGUUUUGUUUUUUGUUUGCGCGUACGAAAUGUUUAUUUUGCACUUUUUCGGGGCUUUUUUGCUGCGCUAAUUGUUUAGUUCUGGUAUUUUUGUUUGUUCCGUUUAAGUUUUUUUUUUUUUUUUUUGGUUGUUGCCGUUGUCUUUUCUUUUUUAUUGUACAGGAAAGUUGUUAUGAAGACGACUUGAGUGCUCAUCCUUUUCUUAUACUAUGGAAGGAUCCAGUGGGGCUAGUUUCGGAAUAGACACUAUUUUGUCCACAACAAAUUCUGGCACCUCAGUACUGAUGAACGGAGAUUUUCGUCUCGGUGACAGUAGCAGAACAGCGGAUUUCAGGAGCCAGGCGACCCCAUCACCAUGUUCGGAGAUAGACACUGUGGGAACAGCCCCCUCAUCCCCGAUUUCGGUCACGAUGGAGCAUCCCGAACCGCAUCUUGUCCAAGACAGCCUUCAGCAUCACCAUCACCAUCAUCAUCACAGUCAGGCUCAGAGUUUGCAGCUUUCACCUCAGCCUCAUCUGCUCGGUCAGGCUGGUUGUGCCCCCAGGACUGCCACCUCCUCCUUUCUAAUCAAAGACAUUUUGGGCGACAGUAAACCGCUUGCAGCGUGCGCUCCUUACAGCACCAGUGUACCAUCUCCACACCACAGCCCCAAAACAGAGAGCGGAACCGCCCCGGACGGCAUCAGGCCCAAACUAGAACAAGAUGAAAACAGAAGCAAACUGGACAAAAGAGAUGAUAUCCAGAGUGAUUUGAAAUGUUUGAACGGAACAAAAGAAGAGGGCGAUCGGGAAAUUUCUAGUUCCAGAGACAGUCCACCAGUCCGUUCUAAAAAACCUCGCAAAGCGCGGACGGCCUUCUCCGACCAUCAACUUAACCAGCUGGAGCGCAGUUUUGAGAGACAGAAAUACCUCAGUGUACAGGACCGAAUGGACCUGGCAGCAGCCCUAAACCUCACAGACACACAAGUAAAGACUUGGUAUCAAAACCGACGGACGAAAUGGAAGAGGCAGACGGCUGUCGGAUUAGAACUGCUGGCUGAAGCUGGAAAUUAUUCGGCCUUACAGAGAAUGUUUCCUUCCCCGUAUUUCUAUCAUCCGAGUUUAUUAGGAACCGUGGACAGCACGACAGCGGCCGCAGCCGCCGCUGCCAUGUACAGCAGCAUGUACCGGACUCCGUCCACACCGCAUCCGUCUCUCCAGAGACCGCUCGUCCCCAGAGUGCUUAUUCACGGCCUGGGGCCCGGGGGACAACCGGCACUAAACCCCAUACCAAACCCAAUUCCGGGCACACCGCAUGCUCGGUAAAACAAGAAGACACUGAGAGACAAAUGUAUCACAAGUGAUGUGACAGACUGAACUUUCACAGAAGCUUUUUUUCCUAAAAAAAAAAAAAACAAAACACCGAGAGACGAUUUUUAUCGAAGACAAAGAUGUAUUAUUUAAUAUGGACCAUUUCUGACUUAUAGGCCAAACUGAACCAGUCGAGCCUGUGACCGUGACAGUAAAAGGACUGUUCAUUGUCAAA